AAGAUUCACAUCAGGAUCCACACUGGAGAGAAACCAUUGACAUGCCUUCAGUGUGGGAAGAGUUUCAACCAAUCAUCAAACAUUAAUCUACACAUGAGGAUCCACACUGGAGAGAAACCAUUCACAUGCACUCAGUGUCGGAAGAGUUUUAGCCUAUUAUCAUCCCUUAAUCAACACAUGAGGAUCCACACUGGAGAGAAACCAUUCACAUGCACUCAGUGUGGGAAGAGUUUCAGUCUGUCAUCUUCCCUUAAUCGCCACAUGAGAAUCCACACUGGAGAGAAACCAUUCACAUGCACUCAGUGUGGGAAGAGUUUCAGCCUAUCAUCAUCCUUUAAUCAGCACAUGAGGAUGCACACUGGAGAGAAACCAUUCACAUGCACUCAAUGUGGGAAGAGUUUCAGCUACUCCUCACACCUUAAUCACCACAUGAGGAUCCACACAGGCGAGAAACCAUUCACAUGCACUCAGUGUGGGAAAAGUUUUAAUUGCUCAUCACAGCUUAAUCAACACAUGAGGAUCCACACUGGAGAGAAAUCAUUUACAUGCAGAGAAUGUGGAAAGAGUUUGUCAAGCAAAAGCAAACUUAAUAUUCACAUGAGGAUCCACACAGGAGAGAAACCAUUUACUUGCACUCAAUGUGGAAAAAGUUUCAGGCAAUCAUCAUCCCUUAAUCAACACAUGAUGAUCCACACUGGAGAGAAACCAUUCACAUGCACUCAGUGUGGGAAGAGUUUCAGGCAAUUAUCAUCCCUUAAUCAACACAUGAUGAUCCACACUGGAGAGAAACCAUUCACCUGCACUCAGUGUGGAAAGAGUUUGUCAAGCAAAAGCAAACUUAAUAUUCACAUGAGGAUCCACACUGGAGAGAAACCAUUUACUUGCACUCAGUGUGGGAAGAGUUUUAACUGCUUAUCACACCUUAAUCAACACACGAGGAUCCACACUGGAGAGAAACCAUUCACAUGCACUCAGUGUGGGAAGAGUUUUAACUGCUUAUCACACCUUAAUCAACACACAAGGAUCCACACUGGAGAGAAACCAUUCACAUGCAGUCAGUGUGGGAAGAGUUUCGGCCAAUCAUCAUCCCUUAAUCUACACAUGAGGAGCCACACCAGAGAGAAACCAUUCACCUGCACUCAGUGUGGGAAGAGUUUCACCCAAUCAUCAGACCUUAAUAAACACAUGAAUACCCACACUGGUGUGAAAUAGUAUAUGUGCUUGGGUGUGAGAAGACUUUUAUUAAAGCUCCAAAAUUGAAACUGCACCAGAUGAUUCACAAUGGAGAGACCGCACAAGUGUUCACACUGUGACAAGAGGUUUAAUCGGUUAACACAUCUAAAAACACAGAAGAGGAUUCACUCUGGAGAGAAACCAUACAGAUCUGAUUAGUGUCUACAGAGUUUUGCUCAUUCGACGCAAACACAUGACAUGAAUGCAGCAAAACAUUUUCUCAUGUGCACAGGAUGUUUCUGUCUGAAUAAUCUUUGAAAAGGCUGAGUGACGCUAUACUGUUUACCAACACUCCUACACUGCAGUAGGUGGGGUUGUAAAUGUGUUGUGUCUACCGUAAACACACUGGUGGUGACUAAGAGAAGAACAGUUUCACAAACAUCUGACAAACAGCACCUCUUGACUUAGCCGGUUAGUGACUUAGCCAAUGUCACUGUUUAAAUGUCAUCAACUCUAAAUAUUUACCUUUAACAUUCAGAUAGCAAAGAGUUAACUGUAAUUAACCAUUGAACUCUCAAUGAAUUUAAACAUGUGUUUGUAACCUAAUAUGGAUGGCAGUCUUCAAUUUCACAGCUUCAAAUUAAUAAAACCUUUCACAAUUAUUA